CUUCCAAAAGCGCGAGCAAGCGCUUUACGCGACUCUGGGACACAUUUUGUCAGCAACCAGCAAGCAUGGCUCUGUGGUAAUAGAAUAGCCCGUGUAAUUUGACACUUCAACUUGCCGUGCACUACGUUAGUUGAUUCAGACAGUCACACUAACGAAACGCCGUGCGCUUUUCUCUCAGUGUUUGUGAAGUGUGAAGGGAAGAAAACACACCGCAACUUCAAAUCCAGGAGAUUUUCGGCGCUGUGCUGUGAUUGGACCUGAAAGUGCGGUGGACCCUAGUGUAGACUGGAGCUCGCGGAGGGACCUUCCCCACGGACUAUAUGCAGGGAGGGGAGGGGGAGGGGGGGCUGCUGACGUUUCACCCCACCUCCAGAACACACAGAUCACUUCUAUGAUUGAUGAGGAUAUGUGAGUGAAUUUGCCAAACACUGAACAAAGAGAUCUCCUGCAUCCUCCGGUCUGAGCUCUACUAAAGCAGACGAGGCCUGGCCAGAGGACCAUGUGCUAAUUAGAGAAGAACUUUAAUGGCUUCCAGGUAGAGAGAAAGAGGCAGCAGUCAAGAUGAACUCGAUUCCUUCAAUGGACAGGCACAUACAGCAGACCAAUGACAGGCUGCUGUGCAUCAAACAGCACUUACAGAAUCCGGCCAAUUUCCAGACAGCGGCCACAGAGCUGCUGGACUGGUGCGGAGACCCACGAGCCUUCCAGCGGCCCUUCGAGCAAAGCCUUAUGGGAUGUUUGACGGUUGUAAGCCGUGUGGCAGCGCAGCAGGGUUUUGAUCUGGACCUCGGCUACCGGCUUCUGGCCGUUUGUGCUGCAAACCGGGACAAGUUCACCCCAAAGUCGGCAGAAACCACCACCUGCAGGAGAUGUCAGAGUGACACAGCUCUCCUAUCGUCCUGGUGCGAGGAGCUGGGACGACUGCUUUUGUUGCGGCAUCAGAAGAAUCGUCAGAGCGAUCCCCAGGGCAAAGUACCCUUGCAGCCACCCAUGAACUCCAUGAAGCCCUCGCUCUCACAUGGUGAUGGGUCCUUUCCAUAUGACAGCGUUCCCUGGCAACAAAACGCCAACCAGGCCCCAGGAUCAUUGUCAGUGGUUACAACGGUUUGGGGAGUUACUAAUACGUCACAAAGUCAGGUAUUGGGUAACCCCAUGGCCAAUACCAACAAUCCCAUGAACCCUGGAGGCAACGCACUAGGGUCGGGUAUGUCAGCCAACAACCCAGGGAUUAACUCACCUCAGUUCCCUGGCCAACAACAACAGUUUUCAACUAAAGGGGGAUCCAACCAGGCCUACAUGCAGCAAAGCAUGUAUGGGCGUCCAGGUCACCCGGGAGGAGGCGGCUUUGCGGGAAGUUAUCCUGGCGGGCCCAAUGCACCGAGUGGUAUGGGCAUGCCCCCGCAUACACGACCGCCUUCUGAUUUUACCCAACCUGCUGCCGCCGCCGCCGCUGCUGCAGUCGCUGCCGCCGCCGCUACAGCAACAGCCACUGCUACAGCCACUGUGGCGGCUCUGCAAGAGACCAAUAAAGACAUGAACCAGUACAACCAGGUUUGCUCCUCAUUCCAGAUGGGGCCUACGCAAGGCUACAACAGCCAGUUUAUGAACCAGCCAGGGCCUCGCGGACCCCCAUCCAUGGCAGGAGGCAUGAACCCAGCUGCUAUGGGUGGUGGAAUGAAUAGCUCCAACAUGAGCGGCCCACCGAUGGGUAUGAACCAGCCCAGAGGCCCAGGCAUGGGGCCCUUUGGUGGCCAUGGCCAAAGGAUGCCUCAACAGGGUUACCCUGGACCCAGACCUCAGUCCAUGCCCAUGCAGGGCACUAAAAGGCCCUAUCCAGGAGAGCCUAACUAUGGAGGCCAGCAGUUUGGACCCAAUGGCCAGUUUCCCAACCAGCAAGGGCAGUACCCUAACCCAAACGCUUCAAGACCACUUCCUUCACCCAAUUACCCUGGGCAGAGGAUGCCAGGACAACAGAGCACUGGUCAAUACCCCCCAACAGGGGUACCCAUGGGCCAGUAUUAUAAGCAAGAGCCGUUUAAUGGUCAGAACAACAAUUUCUCUGGAGGUGGUUAUGGCUAUAGUCAAGGAAAUGGGCCUCCUCGGCAGGUGGUGAACUACCCACACUCGCCCGUUCCUGGAAACCCCACACCGCCCAUGACCCCAGGAAGUAGUAUCCCUCCAUACCUGUCACCCAGUCAGGACGUCAAGCCCCCGUUUCCUCCAGACAUGAAGCCAAACAUGACGUCUCUGCCUCCGCCUCCAAACAAUCCCAAUGAGGAGCUUCGACUGACUUUCCCCGUGAGGGAUGGAGUGGUGCUGGAGCCUUUCAGAUUAGAGCACAACCUGGCCGUCAGUAACCAUGUCUUCCAUCUGCGGCCCUCCGUCCACCAGACGCUCAUGUGGAGAUCUGAUCUGGAGCUGCAGUUUAAAUGCUAUCAUCACGAGGACCGACAAAUGAACACCAACUGGCCCGCAUCCGUCCAAGUCAGCGUGAACGCCACACCACUCACCAUCGAGAGGGGCGACAAUAAAACAUCGCACAAACCCCUGCACCUAAAGCACGUUUGUCAACCUGGGAGAAACACCAUCCAGAUCACCGUCACAGCCUGUUGUUGUUCACACUUGUUCGUGCUUCAGCUGGUGCACAGGCCGUCGGUCAGAUCAGUCCUGCAGGGGCUCCUGAAGAAGAGGCUUCUUCCCGCUGAACACUGCAUUACUAAAAUUAAAAGAAACUUCAGUAGUGUAGCAGCGUCCACUGGGAACGCCACGCUUAAUGGAGAGGAUGGAGUAGAGCAGACAGCCAUCAAAGUGUCCCUCAAGUGUCCAAUCACAUUCCGACGGAUCCAGCUUCCUGCCAGGGGACACGACUGUAAACAUGUGCAGUGCUUUGACUUGGAGUCGUAUCUGCAGCUGAACUGUGAGAGAGGAACGUGGCGAUGUCCUGUAUGCAAUAAAACAGCGUUAUUGGAAGGCCUGGAGGUGGAUCAGUACAUGUGGGGAAUUCUCAAUGCCAUUCAAAAUUCGGAGUUUGAAGAGGUCAACAUCGAUCCUACGUGUAGUUGGAGGCCGGUUCCCAUAAAGUCGGACAUUCAUAUAAAGGAGGACCCAGAUGGCCCUCUGGCCAAACGUUUCAAAACCAUGAGUCCCAGUCAAAUGAUCAUGCCUAAUGUGAUGGAUAUGAUCGCCCAGCUGGGUCCCGGCCCUUCGCCCUACACCCCACUCCCCCCACAGCAUGGAGGAAACAAUGGAGAAUAUGGGGGCCAAGGUAGAGGCAAUAGUUACCAGGGCCAUGGAAACUUUGACUUUCCCCACAGUAACUCUGGUGGCGGAGCUCCCAUGAAUGACUUCAUGCACGGACCCCAGCUCUCACAUCCACCAGACGUGCCCAACAGCCUCAUGGGUCCCGACAAGCCCCUCGCCCAUGGCAUGCCUGAUACGAUGCCUCAUCCUGUGAGCGCUGAUCAAUCCCAUGCUUCCAUGCAGCCAGGCAUGCACGCGUCCCCCCACCCCAACAGCCAAUCAGCUCAGCCAUUGCAUCACAGCGGCCCCCCAUCAUCCCAGCCCCCUCGCCAGCCCCCGUCCCAACAGCAGCCCAGCCAAAACACUCACCCGCAUCCCGACAUGAGCUUCAACCCCUCCGCCGAUGGCCAGCCUGGUGGACAGGGGCCCGCAGACAUGCCUGAGCCUUCUCUGGACCUUCUUCCAGAACUGGCGAACCCAGACGAGCUGCUGUCAUACUUAGACCCUCCAGACCUUCCGAGCAGCAGCAACGACGAUCUGCUUUCCCUCUUUGAGAACAACUGACUUCCUCUAGUCGGCCUUUUCCCACAGGCCCUUGGAUAGUUUGGCUGUCAGGAACGGAGAGGCACCUGAAGACUGACUCUGUACUUUGCAAACAGGAAACAGCCAUCCUUUUGCCUCUUCCUCGUGUAAAUAAUCUCACUCUUUUACAAGCAACCUUUUCCACGCUUAUAUGGCAGCCAUGUUGGUUGGCACUAAAGUGAUAUCUUUCAAUACUAUUGGAAAUACAUGUGCAGCUAUAAUCAGUUCAUACGAAUGCGUCACACAGAACUGCGUGUGCGCUCACUAGGAAAGUAUUGUAGCAUUUUUAAUUCAGAUUUUUUUCCUUUUGUGAAAAGAAGACCUGAAUAGAAAGCAGAUAUAUAAAUAUAUAAAUAUAUAUAUUUCUUCCUGUACCGGCCUCUGUGUGUCCGCAAUCUCUUGAAGGUCUGUUCUUCCAAGCUCUUACCACCACGGCUUCCCAAAUCCUCGUCCGCUGGAUGUCCACACUGUUCGUCUGUCCAUCUCCAUCAUAUACAAAAAAAAAAAACAAACAAAAAAAAAGCACAAGAGAAUGCGUCAAACUGCACCUAGAAGCUUGUAAAGGAGACAACAAAAGGGAAGAAAAGCUCACCUCUCGACCACAGGAACCAUUUUAAUCCUCCCAUCCCAGAGACUAGCGAUGGGAGUCCUGCGAAAAGUCGCUCACGCCGCAGGACGAUGCGAUUCAUAUGUCCAGCACUUUCAGACAUAUGUGUCAUGUUUCCUUCUCGAGACAGGAUCGCAAACGUUUCUGUAUCCACAACAUCUUCCGACAGAUUGGACUCUCCACAUUGGCGGUCGCAGUAAAAGAAGAAAGCAGUUGGCUUUUGGAAGGGUAGUCAGUCAGUUUUGUGUCAUCUCGUCUUCUCUGUCAUGCAUGAGGCUUGGUCAAUUUAGGCUCUCAGUGUACCGUUUGCACCCCACAAACUGCAUAUGAUGUUAAAACACUCAGUUGCCAAUCUCCUUUUAUUUUAGUUCUCGUUUUAAUUCAGCCUUUUAUUCAUGAACUGUCAUGGUAACGUUUUAUUUUAUAAUGCACAAUAUAUUGUUCAUAUAAUUGUGUUUUCUUUGUACAAAAUAUGUACAUUUUAUUCUCAAGAUGUCCAUAGAUUACCAAAGUUAUGCACCCUGAUUUGAGAAGGUGGCCCAAAGCGGUUUUAAAGAGACCAUUUCCCAAUUGAAUUAGAUUGAAAUGUGUAAUUUGUCCCACUUUUAUCAUUUUGUUUACACGGUAAUUCUACAGCAAACAAUGAAGAAAGUGUUUUUAGGAUGUCUUCUAUACUGUAUUUAUAGAUUGUACUUUUUAAUUCAUUUACAUGAUUAAGCUAUCUCAACAACACCCAUUGAUGCAUCAAUCAGUGCUCUGUGAGUCCUUUUAUAACAGCAGAUCAGUCGAUUUUCACAAAAUGUUUAUUUUUUCUGUAUUUUCUUUGCUUUUAAAUCAAAAUGACCCUGGCAAAUAGUUUCUCAGUAUUUAUGACAUUAUAAUAAUGACAUUUCCAUGAUUUCUCAAAGACUAUCGAAGAGCUACGAUUGUUAUCGAUUAUUAGUUUGGGAUGCGUUUAUCGGUUUUAAGUUAUUUUGUAUGAAUUGCAAUAUUACGUUUCUAGUUUGUUUGUUUUCUUCUGUUCUUCUUGGUGUAGAAUUAUGUACAAAAGAAAUGAUGUUUGUCGUCGACAAUUGAAACACUUGGAACUCCAGCAGGAAAAUGUGGGUUCAAGUUCUAUAGCGUUUGUCCUGUUGUUCACUUGUAUAUCCUUUUUCAAAGAUGCACUGCCACAUACUCGUUCCCACUUUGUAGACACAAAUAGGCAUAAACUGAACUUUAAACUGUGCUAUCCAUGUACAGUCGUUGAGGAGACAGUGGGCACCGAGGCAGGAACACAAAGCCUUGAACCAACUGGACUGUGUGAGUGUGUGUGUGUGUGUGUGUGUGUGUGUGAGCGUGUGUGAGUUUGUUCAGGGUUCGGAGAGGGUCGAAGGAAAAGGGGGGAAGGGGCACAUUAGGGAUGCAUGUACAUAUGUAAAUGAUAAAUAGAGACACGUUAACAGAAAUGUAUUCAUUUUCCCCAGGGGAAUGUGCAUUGUGUAUUUAGAAUUUGUAAAGCUUGCAUCCUCCCAUCAGAAUCUAAAUUGGGUAAAAUGAAUCUGUGUUUGUUAGUGUCUGUGGAACCUCGAAGCAUUUGUUCACUUUUGUAAAAUACUCAUCCCACAUUGACUGAGGAAUUCGGGGAGGGGAGAUAAAAGAAAAAAAAAGACACAUUUGUUUUACAUUUGUGUAAUAUUUAGCUUAUGUGUAUUGCUCCAUUUCUUGUGUACUUAAUAAGGUGCUACAGAAGAUGAUGAAGAAAAUCCUUUGGGGGGGAAUUCAAUUGGACAAUAGGGACACAGGGGCCAGAAGCGGUUCCAAAAGAUUGUAACCAAAAUCCAGAGUUUGUACAAUUUUGAUAUCACGAUCAGGAAAAUGUAAAACAAAAACAAUGAGGUACAAUCUUGAGGUGAUUGGCACCAAACGUUGCAGUUGUCUUUGCUUGUACAUUCUGUUGUACAAUCAUUUCAUAUUCUAAACUGGUCAGAAGAAAGAAAAAAAACAAAAAACUAAUUGUGAUUUUUAGUCUUGCAAAACUGUAUGUAGUUAGAUGCUGUGACAUCCUAAUAUUUAUCUAAUAAAUAUGUAUUCAGAUGAAACAA